AUGCCUUUACUCAAACAAGUUUCCCAGUGGCUGGUACAAAUCUUUAUGAUCAUUCUUGCUGCAAUCAGCGCCCUUCUCUCCAACCAUGUAGAUCUGGAUACGACAGUCGGGGAUGAUAGGAAUGACGAAGGCAUCGAUAGCUCGGAGAUUUUGAACGCCCUGUACUCUCAAAUUUGGAUCAACCCCACCCUGUUGAAUGGCUUUGACAAACAAGCUGUGCCACAAGGGUAG